UAGGUAAUAAAAAGCAAGAGUAUUACGGUUAUUGAAAAUAAUCGGUAGUAUUCAUUCGUUAAUAUCACUCGGAAGUUGUUCGCCUAUUUAAUCUUCGUAAUAAAAUAUGUCAGCUAAUAACCACAAUAACGGUUUUAAGUCAUACGAGAAUGAUCACAAUACGUGUACAACAGGAAUAAUCAAAGAAGACAAAUGUGCAAUUAGCGAAUUAUCAUUAAAGUUUCUACAGUUGGUAUCUAUUUUUGAAGGCGAAGAUUCUGACAAGAAACAGAAAUGUGAGUUAAUAAUAGUAAUAAUUCUAGUUGCAUUCCUGUCAAUCGUUAUACAUAACAACCGGAUUAUAGGUGAUCAUUGAAAUGUUUAUAAUAGCUAGUACUAAAUCCAAAUGCUGUAAAUCUUUAUGGCGAAAACUUUUUUACAUAAUAAUUUUAAUGAGGAACCAAACGUUUUAACCAAACCUAACCAAAGUUUUAUUUCAUUAUUAACAUUGAAACAAUCCCUAUUACAGACAUUCAGACGGACAAAUUUGAACUUUUAUAGUUUUAUAUUUAAAAUAAUCAUGUCUAGAUAUUCAAUAUAAAUAAAUAUAAAUAACUUAUAGGUACAGUUAUAUAGAGUAAGUACUUUCACUUUAUCAUAAUAUUUAAAAUCAUAAUUUAUAUUUAGUUUACUUAAUUUUAAAUACCAAAAUACAAAAGUGUUUAGGUAGGUAAUGGAAAUUACAGAAAAAAUGUACACCUGAUGUACAAAACUAAAUAUUGUUAAUAAUUACAUAAACAACGAAUCGGUUGUCGAAUUUGUUUUGCAUUAUUAUUUUAGGUAGUUAGGUAUUACUAAUCUAGAUUAAAUUAUAAUAUAACUAUCAAACAAGAAUUAAUUGAAUUAUGUGUACCUGAAUAACCAUUAGCUGUACCAUCCGUUAUGCUGAGGAACAGAGUGGCCGGUCCGGAAAUGGGAAUUUACCAAAUAGCAUGUACCGUAUUUUGGCCAGGUGGCCUCAUAAUUUUAUAUAUAAUUUACUCGUAUUAUUUAAAAACUUAAUAAAAAUUGUUUGUAUGGAGUAUUUCGAUAGACCGUGAAAUUAUUGUAGGUACCAUGAUUAUUAAUGUAAAUAUGAACAAUCGUUGAAUACAAAAUUACAAACUAUUAUAUAACUUCAAACAUAAACAAACAAAAAAAAAAUAAAAAAAUAUGGUUGGCAUAACUUAAGGAAAAUAAAAAAAUAACCUUCUCAAUACACCAACUAAACAAAAUUUGAUACUUGAAACAGUUGAAACCAUUGCUGAAGUGGUUGCAAAGCGAAAGCUUUUUUACAGACAGUAAAAAAAAUAUAUGACAUAAUACCAUACUAAAACUAACUAGCUUCGCUCAGUAUCUAAAAUGUAUUAACCAUUAAAUAAUCCAUUUAAUGUGAAUAUUACGUUGAAUAUUUAACUCUUAAACUAAUUUUAUUUCUUAGAUGUAUUAUCACAACUAACAUUGAACUUGUUCGACAAAAUAGUGCUUGAAAUAAUUUUUAACUACUAAAAUAUAUAAUAAUAAUACAAUAUUAUUAACUAAAUUUUUUUUUGACACAUAACACACAACAAAUUUCCAUUAAAAAUAUUUUAUCUAGUUUUGUGGGUUCAAAAAUUAAAACGCUAUAAUCGAGCGUACCGUAGUGAGAUUUAAUUACUACGUAUUUUAUUGGGCGGUCUGGAUAAAUUUCAAUCUCCGGUCUGAAUUUAGUUUCCACUUAGCCCCUGGUUAUGCUUAUAUGAAUGUAUGCCUAAAACUUUAUGUAUUUAUAUAUGUAUGUAUAAAUAUAUGUAUAAUAUUUAUAACUGUACAGUAUAUAGAUUUUAACUUAUUAAUAAUAAUACACCGAUUCAUACAAUAUUGAUUUGAAUAAAAUUAAUUAAUAAUAAUAUCAUAGAACACAGAUUAUCUAGUAAAAUUAAUACUACAAGUCCAUACGUGUAUUAUUAUAAUAAAUAUAAUAAAUUGACGUAUAGACGUAUCAUCAUAGGCGUGCGCAGACCUUGGUAGCAGGGAGACAAAACAUACAUUAUUAUAUAUAAUAUAAUUGAAUAUUAUUUUGGUUAUUAGUUAGUUCGAUAAAUAUUAGUGAUGGAAGUAUUUUAAUUUUAUAUAUCUUUAAUUUAAUUACAAAAUUAACUGUUUUUGGAAGAAAAAUUUAGCCCGCAGGAAGGGCAGUUGCCCACCUUGCCCCCCCCCUCGUGCGCACGCCUAUACGUAUCAUAGCAUACUAUAUAUGAGAUAGUACUAAGCGAGCCAUCAAAAUGUAUUAAAAAUUAAACCGUACCUACCUGCAUAAAUCAUAAUGUUAUUUCAAAAAAUAAGUUCUUAUUAGAAUAACUGUAAUAUAUUUUAACAUGCAACAUUUUUCUUUUUAAUUAAUAGUAAAUCAUUAUUUUAUUAUUAUUAUUAUUGAAACUUUGAAAAAACAACUAAUUACAACAGUUAAUAAGUAUUCAGUUAAAUGAUUGUUAAAAUAACAAAAUAAAAAUAAAAGACAUCCCAGGAUAAUGCGGACGGGUGCAACCACUGUUAUAGAUAAUUUAACGUAUACCUGUAAGCAACGGUAACCCAUUGCUUACGAAAAAACGAUUCUGAACGAAGUUCAGUUGAUAAUUAUGCUUUAUCAACAACAUAUGUUAUUUUAUAGCAGAAUAAUUAAAUAGGCUUUAUAUAUUUUCUUUAAUAAUAUUUAUUUAAUGCUGUACCGAUUUUUCCAGUUUUCCUAAGUUUUCUUGAUUUUUCACAUUUGCUAGGAAAACUCUUAGAAAAAUCGAAAAAUGACCUCUUUAAAGUACCUUCCCAGUCAAAUUUCCUUUCAGAAAAGUUGCUAUCAUUAUAAAUUGGACAAAAAUUGCUGGUAGAAAAAUUGUUCACAGGAAUAAAAAAGAACGCCGUAAUAUAUUUUAACUAUUACCUACAUUUCUUAUAUUUUCCCUUUUUUUUCGGUUUUUCGCAUUUGAUGAACAAACACUUGAGAAAGUCAAAAAAUGGCUUCCUUAAAGUACCUUCUCACACCGAUUUCCUUUUAAAAAAGAUGCUACACUUAAAAAUUUGAGUAAAUCUUCUGGUAGAAAGGUUAAAAAUAAGAUUAAAAAUGAAGUAAAAAAUAAUCUUUAUAAAACUAUAAGCUUUUUCACUCCACUUAAAAUCUAAAAUACAAAUAAUAAAAUAUUAAAUUAGAAAAUCAGACUGAUAGAUGCAUGAAAUAAUUGAUAAGAUGAUAUGAGGAAGAUGUAAAGAAAGAAUCGAUUGUACAUUGAAGGGGAAAUAUUGGAACUUACUAAGGCAGAGACAGUAUUACGUUAUAAUAACAAAUAAUAACAAUUAUGAUUAUAUACUUAGAAAAUAUGCACAAUCAUAAUUAGGAAGCAAGGGGGGGGGAACUGUAUAAUUUUUUUAUUUGACACUUCAAUCGCUAAAAAAUUAUAAAAUAUAUGACCUUAUAUAACGUGGUUGUAUUGGGUUGGGUUAGGAAAGGGUAGGUGCAAAUUUUGAAAUAAUAUUAGGUAAAACGAUUAUAGUGUUAAUUGUUUAAUCGUGGUCCGCUAACACUCAUGUCCGUACGAUUUUUAGUUUUGUCACAGAGACAGUUAACGGCGGAGGCGGAAACGGAAGUAGCGUCGCCGACGAGCGACGUCCCGGCGUCGGAGGAAAUAGACAGCACAAACAACGGCGGCGGUACGACUUCUGCGUCCGGUGUGGCCGUGAUGAAUUACGUCGGUGGUGACGGAGGCGGGGGCGACUGGAUAAUGCGAAAGCCGGAACGGAACCUGUUGAUCAUCGUACACCCGUGGUGCAUGCUCCGCAAAUCGGGGGCGGACAGACAGUCGGAAUUCCCGCCGCCCGGUUUUCUACAAAGUCUUAAGGCGAAACUGCUGGCUCUCCACCGGAAAACAGCGGAAGAACAACGGCACUGCAACCAUCCGUCCAUGACGGCCACCACGGUCAGGCGGCGCCGGCACACCAACCAGAACAAGAUGGUCGGGUGCUGGUUUCAGUAUACCGCGGCCGCCGCCGCAAUCAGUGGUCCACGCGCCAAAACGAUCACAGGCUCCGGAGCAGUACCUAUUCAUCAUGAUGAACCCAGAGCGGUAGAUUUUUUAACAGCUAAACAGCGAUUCGCUACUGUCGCCACUAAAUUAGACAAAACCAACACGUCUAGUUCACGCUCAAGGUCUGGAAAAUAG